AUGUCUCCAGAAGUCACCGCUGCACGCAAAAAACGCACUGGCGAAGCUAACCCAGCACCAGAGGGCGACCACCGUAAACGCCGACGCAACAGAACCACCCAGUCAUGCCUCAACUGCCACACCUCAAAACGUAUGUGUGACAGAAAGCGCCCAGCCUGUGCUCGCUGCACCCAACUGGGAUUGACCGGCUUAUGUGUAUACGAAGUCGAUGACCCAAGCCAACGCUCAGACACUCAGGAUGAGAGUGCUAGGCUACUCAAGCGAGUAGCCGAGUUGGAGGGUGUCAUUCGGGAGUUGAAGAACAAGCCACAUCCUCGAUGGGUUCAGGCUACAGCCGCUCCCAGUGAAGACUUCGACAGAUGGCAUUCGCGAGCGACGGCCCGCCUUGGCGACAGCUCGGAACUCCCCUCAAACGCUUCUUCUCCCCCGAGCUCCUCCUCUUCCGACGGGGGCGACAGUUCUAGUUCCAUGUCCCACGCGUCAUCCCUGUCCAAUGUCUAUCCAACGCCUCAUCUUUCACAAGAUCAUACCUACUAUAGCUCACCUGGCAGCACUCCAUCGCCUUCUACCUUGACCCCUACAGAAGAGUUCUCCCGUCCCCUUGUUUCCAUUGCUGGCCACGAUGUACCCCACGACUUUGAUUUGACAUCAUGGUUUUCGUCAUACCCAGGGAUAAUGGGAUGUGACGAUGGUACUUACGGUGCCCUCUCCAAAGAACGGGAUGAUUCAUCUUUCAUCAAACAACAAAGUGGCCACUGCGGGUGCUUACACGAGCCAGCGAACUACAAUGUUGUUCUCGAACUUUCCCUGCGGCUGCGAAAAGCAGCCGAAGUCCUCGCGCGUUCACCGAGCCACCGGAUGGGCUCCAAUUGCGUGCUCCAACAUCGCAUAUCAGAGCUUGAUACUUUUGCAACUAACACUCUCGGCAACAUUGCUAUACCCCCAGAAGAUUUACCCAGUUCCAUUCCCACCCCAGAGCGUCCACACCCCGAUGCUCUUGCUGCCAAUGUCUUGGCGAGCAAUGUCUACCCCAACUGCCGGCCUGCACCUUCGUCGUCUCUGUCUCCAAACCCUCUUCAUAGCCUCCGCACAUGGGACAUGUUGCCGGUGACCGAGGCACCUCCCGAUGAUUCAUUCAUGUCUUGGGAACCGCCCCGUCGAGGAUAG